AACUUCACAGAGGAAACCGAGCGGCAACACCAAAACUCACCAAUGUACGCACUGUGAAUAUACAACAGCUGUGAAGUCACGGUUAAUAAGCCAUUUGAGGAAACAUACCAAUGAGAAGCCAUACAGAUGUGGCCAGUGUAACUAUGCUAGCAACCACAAAUGUGCCGUGCGAGUCCAUGUAAGGAAACACACCGGGGAAAAGCCUUACAAAUGUGGCCAGUGUAGCUAUGCUAGCAAAUACAUAGGUGACGUGCGAGUCCAUGUAAGGAAACACACAGGAAAAAAGCCUUACAAAUGUGGUCAGUGUAGUUACGCUGGUGCCAAAAAAUCUAGUUUGCAAGAACAUGUAAGGAAACACACUGGAGAAAUGCCUUACAAAUGUGGCCAGUGUAGUUACGCUUGUGCCAAAAAGUCUAAUUUGCAAAGACAUGUAAGGAAACACACAGAGAAAAAGUUAUACAAAUGUGGUCAGUGUUGUUUCGCUAGUGCCCAAAAAUUUAAUUUGGAUGAACAUGUAAGGACACACACAAGGGAAAAGCGUUACAAAUGUGGCCAGUGUAACUAUGCUAGCAACUACAAAGGCAGCGUGCGAGUCCAUGUAAGGAAACACACAGGGGAAAAGCCUUACAAAUGUGGUCAUUGUUGUUUCGCUAGUGCCCAAAAAUCUAAUUUGCAAGAACAUGUAAGGACACACACAGGGGAAAAGCCUUACAAAUGUAGUCAGUGUAGUUUCGCUAGUGCCUAUAAAUCUAAUUUGCAAGAACAUGUAAGGACACACACAGGGGAAAAGCCUUACAAAUGUGCUCAGUGUAGCUAUGCUAGCAAAUACAAAAGUAACGUGCGAGUCCAUGUAAGGACACACACAGGGGAAAAGCCUUACAAAUGUGGUCAGUGUAGUUUCGCUAGCGCCUAUAAAUCUAGUUUGCAAGAACAUGUAAGGACACACACAGGGGAAAAGCCUUACAAAUGUGCUCAGUGUAGUUUCGCUAGUGCCCAAAAAUCUCAUUUGCAAAAACAUGAAAGGACACACACUGGGGAAAAACCUUACAAAUGUGGUCAGUGUAGUUACGCUAGUGCCCAAAAAUUUCAUUUGCAAGAACAUGUAAGGAAACACACUGGGGAUAAGCCUUACAAAUGUGGUCAGUGUAGUUACGCUGGUGCCAAAAAAUCUAAUUUGCAAGAACAUGUAAGGACACACACAGGGGAAAAGCCUUACAAAUGUGUUCAGUGUAGUUACGCUAGUGCCCAAAAAUCUCAUUUGCAAAAACAUGAAAUGACACACACUGGGGAAAAACCUUACAAAUGUCGUCAGUGUAGUUACGCUAGUGCGCAAAAAUCUCAUUUGCAAGAACAUGUAAGGAAACACACUGGGGACAAGCCUUACAAAUGUGGUCAGUGUAGUUACGCUAGUGCCAAAAAAUAUAAUUUGCAAGAACAUGUAAGGAGGACACACUGGAGAGAAGCGUUACAAAUGUGACCAGUGUAGGUUUUGGUAAUUUUUGCAAAAUCCAUAAAAGCAAACAUACUAAUAAUAAUGAGACACUUUAGAAGUGUGACCUUACAAGUACAAAGAAUAGGGUAUUUGACUACUAGUCAAAUCAGUUUCUUUUUUCGAAUUGUCAAAAUGAUAUUGCCACUAUGGAAAUUAUAUAAAACACUUGCAUGUGACGUCACAAUCAAAUUACCUACUCUUUAUAGUUUUAUACGGGAUUUAAAAUAGAAAUUGUGUAUAAAAAUAACUGCCGUCUACGUUUCUCUAUUAAUCUUCUGGUGCUUUAUUUCAUGCAUGGUGUAGAAUAAUUUAUUUUAAAUACAG